UGGGGUCUCGCUCGGCAUGUCUCGCUUAUUUCGCUUUGGAAUUUCACGUUGACGCCGCAGUCAGCGGCAGCAGAGGCAGCGACAUCAGCAGCGACUUCAACAGCGGCAGCGACAUCAACAGCGGCAGCAGCAGCGACUCGGGCCGAAAAUAAAAGCGUUAACCGCUCUCCUCCAGUGCAGCAGCAGCAGCGGACCCAGCCAGUAGCCAGCAGCUAAUCACCACAUCCCAGAUUCAGUUUCCAGUUCGAACUACACUCGAAUCUCAAAAAUGACCACCUACUUCAACUACCCCAGCAAGGAGCUGCAGGAUGAGCUGCGCGACAUCGCCCAGCGGAUCGUGGCCCCCGGCAAGGGAAUCCUCGCCGCCGACGAGUCCGGCCCAACCAUGGGCAAGCGUCUGCAGGACAUCGGCGUGGAGAACACCGAGGACAACCGCCGUGCCUACCGUCAGCUGUUGUUCAGCACUGACCCCAAGCUGGCCGAGAACAUCUCCGGAGUGAUCCUGUUCCACGAGACCCUCUACCAGAAGGCCGACGAUGGCACCCCCUUCGCCGAUAUCCUGAAGAAGAAGGGCAUCAUUCUGGGCAUCAAGGUCGACAAGGGUGUGGUCCCACUGUUCGGCUCCGAGGAUGAGGUCACCACCCAGGGUCUGGAUGACCUGGCCGCCCGUUGCGCCCAGUACAAGAAGGACGGUUGCGAUUUCGCCAAGUGGCGUUGCGUCCUGAAGAUCGGCAAGAACACCCCAUCCUACCAGUCGAUCCUGGAGAACGCCAACGUUCUGGCCCGCUACGCCUCCAUCUGCCAGUCGCAGCGCAUCGUCCCAAUUGUGGAGCCCGAGGUUCUGCCCGAUGGCGAUCACGAUCUGGACCGCGCCCAGAAGGUCACCGAGACCGUCCUGGCCGCCGUCUACAAGGCCCUGAGCGACCACCACGUCUACCUGGAGGGUACUCUGCUGAAGCCCAACAUGGUCACCGCCGGUCAGUCGGCCAAGAAGAACACCCCCGAGGAGAUCGCCCUGGCCACCGUGCAGGCUCUGCGCCGCACCGUUCCCGCCGCCGUCACCGGCGUGACCUUCCUGUCUGGAGGUCAGUCCGAGGAGGAGGCCACCGUCAACCUGAGCGCCAUCAACCAGGUUCCCCUGAUCCGCCCAUGGGCCCUCACCUUCUCGUACGGUCGUGCCCUCCAGGCCUCCGUCCUGCGUGCCUGGGCCGGAAAGAAGGAGAACAUCGCCGCCGGCCAGAACGAGCUGCUCAAGCGCGCCAAGGCCAACGGUGAUGCCGCUCAGGGCAAGUACGUUGCCGGAAGCGCUGGUGCCGGAUCCGGAUCCCUGUUCGUGGCCAACCACGCCUACUAAGGCGUUUGGGUGGACCUUGGCUACACGCAACUAAAUAAAAAAAAACUACGGAGCAGAUUGCUGGAAAUAUUUGGCAGAUUUGUUUAUUUUUACCUUAGUUUCGAGAGCUAAGCAAAGCAAGCAUUACAAAAAAUAACCAAAAAAAAAAAGAGAUGAACGAUUACACUUUCAAAACAUGUUAUAUAUAUGUAGUACGUGACAUUUUUUGCAAGUUUAUUAUAAAAUAACAUUAUUUUAGAGAACAACUAAAUGAUGAGUGCAGAAGGAAGGAAUGCAUAUGUUCGAUGGAGAAGCAAUUUUAUCUUUAGUUUUAAGCACAUGAACCUAUUAUUGUUGAAGUUAUUCAAUUUCUAUUCUAUUAUUAUGAUUAUGCAAGAUUUCAAUGAAUCCAAAAAGAUAUGUCGUAAAUCGCUAGGCUAAAAACAUUUAAUGGUGAAAACAACAGCAAUCACCAUCAACAACACCUAAGUGUUUAAGGCCUGAAUCAUUGAAGUCGCACAACGUUUUUGAAUUUUUUAAUGUUUUAUAAAAAGAUCCACUAUGAAAAUCGAUGUUUUACCAUUAUUAUUAUUAUUAAACUUUAUAUUUAUGAUUGAUAAGUAUAAGUGAAACAAAUGACGAGAAUAAACAAACACAUUACAAUAAACCCGAAAAGCCCCCAAAACAACUUUAUUAACAUUAUAUACAUAUAUUUACAUUGUUAAACGAGAACUUGUUGUUGCAAAAUACUAAAAAGAAAUAUAUGAAUUUAUAUAUUCAA